CGUUGGAAUGCGUAAUACUCGUAGAGGUUAUGUUAUUUGUUGUGUCAAAAGUAUACAAAAUGGAAUUUUCAAAAGAACCCAAUUUUGAUAUGUUAACAGCUAAGGAUUUUACACCAGAAAAAUACGUUAAGAAACUAUCUCAAAACUAUGUGGGCGGUUCCGAGUUACAAAAUCUUCGCAGAAAAAUUAAAUCGCUUUCCGAAGAAACCAGUAGUAACUUGAAGAAAAAUGUUUACGAAAAUUAUGUACAGUUCAUUGAAACCGCAAAAGAAAUAUCCCAUUUGGAGAGCGAAAUGUAUCAGCUUUCUUACUUACUUUCAGAACAGAAAUCUUUGCUUAGUGCUCUAUCUACUACAUCAAUUUUAGAAGAUAUGCAACCGAUUAACAUUGAUAGAGAUAAUAAAUUAAAUGAGAAAGAUUUCGAAGAAGAAAAUAAACAAAAAUUAGCUGCCAUUUUAGAAAAAGUAGAGGGAUGUAAAGAAUUGCUAGAAGUUCCUGGAAGAACUUUUUUAUAUGAAGGAGAUUUACUUGAAAUUGAUCCAACAGAAAAUACAUCUUUAAAGACUGUUCAUGUGUAUUUAUUUACAGAUGGUUUUAUGAUAACUAACAGGAAUUCUAACAGUCGAGGUCUUAUGAAGUAUGUCUAUGAAAUUAUGUACGACCUAAGCAGCCUAGCUGUGGUGAAUGUAAGAGACUUGGGAAAUGUCAAACAUGCCUUUAAACUUCUAAUUUUUCCUGACACUAGAGUGUUUCAGUGUUCUUCCAACUCUAAUAAAAAAGAAUGGUUGGAUAAAUUCGAUCAAGCUAAGAAAACAAGGCUAGCUCAGGAACAGCAAAAACGAGAAUCAAUUACUGAAAAAUCCCCAUCUCGCUCAGCAUCUAUUGAGUCGCCCACUUAUAACCCAUUUGAAGAAGAUAUGGGUACCAUUCACCCGGAAUGGUUUUUAGAUAUUCCUGAAGAACUUGACGUUUGUGUAGCCCAAAGACAUUUUGAAGAAGCCUUGUCUUUAUUACAGAAAGCCAAAGAUUAUAUAAAUCAGACUGCUUCUUCCAGUGAGAAACAUGAUCACGUUCUCAUUGAUAUUCAAAGAAAGGUGGAACAAAGACAGAACAGUCUAACUGAAGUGCUAAUGAAAGAACUAGAAGUUAAUCCUGACAAAUCUCUGCAAGGUGGUUUGAGAGCAGCACGUAGAGCUGUUAGGUUGCUGAAUCAAUUAGGAAGGGAAACUCAAUCAUGCAACCUGUUUCUGAAAUUGUGCAGUAGUAUGUUGAGAACUCAAUGUAAACGAGUAAAACGAGAAGGUUCGACCACAACUUAUAUAAGACAUUUAUCUAGUGUAGUUUUUACUAAUAUGUGUCACAUGUCUGAUGAGUUUUUACGAGCCUUUCCCGAUUCGCCAGCUUGUGCUUCAGCUUAUGUUGUGUGGGCCAGCAAUGAACUGUUACAAUUUACAACCCAUUUGAUUAAACAAGUUUUUAUGCCUCAGACUUCCCUGGCAACUAUCACAGAAUGCAUAAUUUUGGUCAGAACACAGUGUGAAAGGUUAUACGGUUAUGGGAUAGACCUCUGUUAUCAGUUAGAUGGCGCUUUGAGGUCGUCGCUAAUGAAAGCUUUAAGAGAUGCUCGAGAUAAACUUAUCGAUUCUAUAAAAUUGCGAGCCCUAGAUGACAAAUGGAUUCCCAUGAACUUACAUUCCAAAUCGUCUUUAGGACGUUGCAUACAAGAACACGCCCAAAUGGGGUUGAAUUUGGAAAGCUACGUUUCAGGUGAUACUUGGUUGCAAUUGACAGCAAGUACAUUAUCGUUUACAAAAAUGUUUCUAAGCUUAUUGAACGACUGUAUGAAAUUAAAAACCACAGAAUUAAUGUAUACUAUCGAUGAAACUCUAUAUAACGUCUUUGAGGCACAAAUAAGACAUAAUGAAAAUGCUCUCAGAACUGAAUUAAAUCAAGAACAACGAACAUUUCUUACGAAAAACGCCGAAUUUUUGUUGGUCAAUUUGAUAGAAGUUGCGCAAAAGAAAUACAAGGAAAAUGUUGGUUAUGAAUGCCAGACUCUACAAAAAUUGCGUAAGGAAUAUGUUGCACUACAGAAGGGUGUAUCGCCUACAUCAAGAAGUACAAAGACCAAAUAUUCUUCAGAAUUUAUUUAAGAAUGUAAAUUAUAGGUAUUAAAAAAUAAAGAAUUUUGUACUGGUUUUAAAUGAGUACCGGAUCAACCCUAUAACGUUUGAAUAAUUUUAAAUUUUGGUUAUUAUAUUCUUCAACUAAGGGACCCGACAGACGUUGUCCUGUCUUAACUAUGAAUAUUGAUUUUGAAUUGGUAUAAUUAACUAAAAAAAUAUUUCAGAAACAAAGUGUUUAUUAUUCUAAUGCUUUAUGAUAUACGACAUUCUUUGUUUUUUUUUUUCUGGACAACAAAAAAAGAAUUAGCGAAAUCGGU